CGGUCUCUGCUUGCAGUGACUAUUUCUGUAAUCCCUUGCCACAAAAAUUUCCCCUUCUUUUUUUUUGUAAGCAUUUGACAUCGCAUGGCUUCUCUUCGCUUAAUUGUCCCGAUCCUUAGUCGUCAACGCCCUGCAUUCAGCAUCUGUGCACGAUCCCUCACGACCUCUGCUAUUAGAUUUGAAGCAAAUGGACAUAGACAUUUUGCCGAAGCCUUCACUAAUAAGCUGAUCAAACAAGCCAAACGUCAAUAUCAACCUCAGAAAGUAGAGCCUACACGUUUGGUAUCAAUAGAAUCGCUUCCGCGUACUGCUACAAGUGAAGAUAUUCGUAAAUUAGCAAGAGAAGCGUUUCCAAAGGGAGACAAGAGCAUCGUUGAUAUGGUUUUUUGUAGAAGAGUAAACUUUACAUUUACUGGUAAAUGUGUUGUAUUGAUGUCCUCUGAUGAGGAUGCUGGUCGCUUGGUUUCAUACGGAGAUAGACGCUCGUUAGGUGGAAGUAUAAUUAGAAUGUCAUAUACCGGGCUACCAACCCAAGAUCCUGUUGGUGUCUUGAACCAGUUACGUCCACAGGAGUUGAAGUCGGUAGCAGAGGCAACAAGUGCUGCUGGUCGCUCAGUUAUGAUCAGUGGAUAUCCUUUUACAGGAAUAGACAAUUUGUUAGGCUACUUACGUUCAAAAAACUUUUAUCCUGUUGAUGGUGUACCUGAUAAUGUAGUGAAUUUAAGCGAAAGGAGAUUCUUGGUUAAGUUUGACUCUGAAUCAGAAGCAUGGAGAUGUGUUCGUGCUUUUCAUAAUGAAAAGUAUAUUACUAAAAGAAAUAGUGAACAUACAAUUCGUGUAGAUGUUGUUUAUUAACAUUAUUCUGUGUAUAUUUUAUAUAAUCAUUCAAUAAAUAUCUCUCAC